GAUAUUCCCCAACUUGAACCAACGGUCAUACUCCGUCGGCCAUUUGUCUUUGUGAGCGUGACAGAAAGUGUUCUGCGAAAAUCGAAAUAGAAUUUCAGCGAGCAAGUCGAGAAAAGCGUCUGAUUUAAACUGGAGAAAAUGGGAUCACGCAACGAGUGCCGCAUUUACGUUGGCAACUUGCCGCCGGAUAUCCGCACCAAGGAUAUCCAGGACCUGUUCCACAAGUUCGGCAAAGUUACUUUUGUCGAUCUGAAAAAUCGGCGUGGGCCGCCAUUUGCUUUUGUUGAGUUCGAAGAUGCGCGAGAUGCUGACGAUGCGGUAAAGGCGCGCGAUGGCUACGACUACGAUGGAUACCGUCUGCGCGUGGAGUUCCCGCGGGGCGGUGGCCCUGGAAGCUACCGCGGCGGCAACCGCAACGACCGCAGCCGCGACGGAGGCGGACGCAUGGGCGGACGCGGGCCGCCAGCCAAGCGCUCGCAGUACCGCGUCAUGGUUACUGGACUGCCCGCCUCCGGAUCGUGGCAAGAUCUCAAGGAUCACAUGCGCGAGGCCGGCGAUGUCUGCUUUGCGGACACAUACAAGGACGGAUCUGGCGUCGUGGAGUUCCUUCGCCACGAGGACAUGAAGUAUGCAAUUAAGAAGUUGGACGACUCUCGCUUCCGUUCGCAUGAGGGCGAGGUUGCCUACAUUCGCGUACGCGAGGAUAGCGGAGAUAACGACCGCGGCGGUGGCGGCGGCGGCAGCGGUGGAGGUGGUGGUGGCAGCGGAGGCGGUGGAAGCCGUGACUACCGCGACAGAUCCCGUUCGCGCUCAUUCUCGUCGAGACCGCGCCGUCGUGGCACUCCCACAUAUUCCCCAGUGCGACGUCAAUCUUAUUCCAGGUCUCGCUCACGCUCUAACUAUUAAACACAACCAAGCAUUAUCCAUUAAUCUAUAAUAUUUCUACGAGCAGGAAAAGCAAGCUAAAUUAAGAAAACGCAUUCAAUAUUUGUUCAAGACCCCUCAAAUAUUCUACUUUGUAAAUUGACUAUCCAAGCCAUUGCGAACCAACAAGUUUGUUCAGUCAAGUUCCGAACUCUCAUCGAAGCCAACAUAUUUCAAAAACCACUUGCUUUUCCAACUGUAUCACACGUUCUAAGAAACAGAGAUGUUUUCUUACAUUAUAAUCCACCGGGCAAAAUUUGACAAAAACAGUUCAAAAAUGGCAAGUGUAAACCAAGGAAUUUUCUUAGGCCACAACCACUCGGCAUUCCUUGAUUUACUUUUGUUUUAUUUUGAGCCUUUGCUCAGUCUGCAUACUACAAAUAAUAUUAUAAAUCUAAUUUUGGCUGCACGUUUACCAAUCUAAUUUAUUAGAAUUUACCUUAACGAAACAAGAAACAUCGAUACAGAAUAAAUAUGUUUGUAAUGAGAGAAAGAAAAGAAACAGAAAUCCGAACACAACGCAAUGUCAACCACAUUGAUAAACAAACUAUUAAUACUUUAA